UCUCUCGGAAGAAGGGAGGGCUCAAGCGGAGGCAGUAAUCACUGUAACGAAUGACCGUGCUCAAGGAUUUAGAGUUGUUAGACUGUGGUCUGCGCACGGAGCCAGUAGGGUAACAGGACCAGAAAAGGAUAGAAGUCUGUACCAUCAAAUUGGAGCAAUGACCAAGGACAUUUUGAUUCAUUUUCUAUAACUUUUUGGGCUAUUUUACCUGUUUUUGUCUCACUGAGAUAUAAAAUCUAUUUCAACUUUAAACCUAGCAGAGCACACAUGCCAACAAUUACCAGACAAGGAUCAACAUCAAAACAUCAUGUGAAAGUGGGAAGAGAAUUAAUGAGGAGAGUUUGGACAAGAUGACCAUGACAUAAAUUGGAAUAAUUAUCUUCAGUUGUUUUCUGUAACCACUACUGCCCCUCUAUAUAAGUUGGAGAAGUCAUUUUCAAACAUUUUAUUCUUAACUAGGAGAGUAGGCCUACCAAAGCAAACUGUUACUCAAGGUAUCUUUAGAGAAGCAUUUUUCCAUCUUGCAGAGCAGCCAAGGACUCCUGAGACAUCGGGAUUGAUUAUGACAAAGACCUUAUUCAUCUGUUUCCCGCUGGUUCUCCUGGCGGGACACCUCCUCGUGGUUAUCGGACAAGCCAAUGAGCCCAACCAACCGUCGGUUUCCCAUGACGUGCUGCCAGAAGUCCUGCUGUCCGCCACACAGAAACCAGUAGUCUCUGGUAGAGAGAGUCUGGUGAGGUUCAACGGCAAUGUCUCCGCUCCUCGGCACAUGCGCCCUUUACCUCCAAUGUGCUCGGGACCUACCGAGAUCAGAGACACAUUUAAGUACAUCAACACUGUAGUAUCGUGUCUCGUGUUCAUCGUCGGUAUUAUCGGGAACUUCACGCUCCUCAGAAUCAUCUACAAUAACAAGUGCAUGCGCAAUGGCCCCAAUAUUCUCAUCGCCAGCCUGGCGCUGGGAGACCUGCUGCACAUUGUGAUCGAUAUUCCCAUCAAUGUGUACAAGCUCCUAGCCGAGGAUUGGCCGUUUGGUGUAGGUCUGUGUAAACUAGUGCCGUUUGUCCAGAAAGCUUCAGUGGGUAUUACUGUGCUGAGCCUGUGUGCUCUGAGCAUUGACAGGUACCGGGCAGUAGCGUCGUGGAACCGUAUAAAGGGGAUCGGUGUUCCGAAGUGGACGGCUAUAGAGAUCGCACUCAUCUGGCUGCUGUCCAUCCUGCUGGCUGUGCCCGAGGCUAUAGCCUUCGACAUGAUUGCCAUGGACUACAAGGGAGAACACCUCCGCAUCUGUCUGCUACACCCGAUGCAGAAAUCAGACUUCAUGAGUUUCUAUAAGUCAGCUAAGGACUGGUGGCUGUUCAGUGUGUAUUUCUGCCUCCCUCUGGUCGUAACCGCCGUCUUCUACACCCUGAUGACUUGUGAGAUGCUGAGGAAGAAGAACGGAGUUCAGAUCACCCUGAGUGACCAUCUCAAACAGAGGCGUGAGGUGGCUAAGACAGUGUUCUGCCUGGUGCUGGUGUUUGCUCUAUGCUGGCUGCCUCUCCAUCUCAGCCGCAUCCUCAAGCUCACUAUCUAUGACGAGAAGGACCCCAACCGCUGUGAACUGCUCAGUUUCUUCCUGGUUCUAGACUACAUAGGGAUCAACAUGGCAUCUGUUAACUCCUGCAUCAACCCCAUCGCUCUCUACAUGGUCAGCAAGCGUUUCAAGAGCUGCUUCAGGUCAUGCCUGUGUUGCUGGUGUCUGCCAGCGGAGAUGUUGAUGGAUGAGAAGCAGUCCUGUAUGAAGCUCAAAGUCACAGACCGGGCCUCCGACCAGAGCAACUCACGUGCUACUAACAAGUACACUUCAGCAUGAGAAGUACUCAAUGAAGUACCGUAUGAUGAGCUCUAAAGGACUAACUGAAGAUCAGUUAUAUAACCUGAUCCUGACUUAAACCAUUAUGAGACGGCCAUAAGAUGUGUCCUAAGAUGUACCCUUAUUAAGUUGAUGUAGUUUUAAACCACUAGGAGAAAAUCAGUGCCCUAAAGGACUGAUCCAGCGAAGCCUCCUCUGACUGGAGUACUCAAGUGUUCUUAAACCCACAAGUGCACUUUGAGUGUUGCUUAUGAAAGUUAAUGGUCUAGGACAGGGGUCGGCAACAGGCGGCCAGUUGGCCAAAAACCGGCCCGCAAAUAAUAUAAAUUGGGCCCCUCAAAGUUUUUGGUCAGAAUAAACUGUUAAAUCGCCAGAACUUCAGCUAGAAAUGAGUUGAAUUUAUGAAAAUCUGUUAAUUUAGGAAAUCUGUUCCCAAGUAUUCCCACAAAUAAAAAAAGAGACGUGAUCGUGUCUCAAUGUAA